GCUGCGCUCGCGCUGAAAACACACCGGACUCCUGUGUUACCGGAGAGCUGCUCGGUACAAUGUCCGCGUUUCAAGCAUGAAAACAUCGGAUUGUAACUGCUGCACGGGAAAUAACACAGGAGUGUAUCCUCCUUAAACGAUAUUGACAUGAAGAAGGAUAUAGAGGUUCUGAUAGCAGAGGAACGUGCACAGAUCAUCUCUAAAUAUGAUAAAGAGGAGGAGCUCAUUCAUUUUUGACCGUUUUAAUAAAAUACGUCACUCAAGGAGGGAACCUGUGGUCGAAGCUGAAGUUCAUGGCAGGGAGGAGGGUGUUGAGAUCGACCCUUGGGAAGAUGCAGACUACAGCAUUUUCAAGGUCACGGAUCGCUUUGGCUUCCUGCAUGAGGAAGAGCUUCCUACUCCAACUCUUCUUGAAGAAAAGCAAAAGCAGCUAGAAGUUGAACGUGUACAGAAAUGGUUGAAGAUGGUUCGGAAAUGGGAGAAGUACAAAAACAGCGAGCGGAUGAUGAAGAGGGUGUACAAGGGGAUUCCACUGCAGCUGCGAGGUCAAGCUUGGAACCUUCUACUGGAUGUGGAGAAAGUUAAAAAGGAGAAUGAGGGGAAAUAUGAGAGAAUGAUAAAACAAGCCAAGGUCUACUCCACAGAAAUUAAACAGAUUGAUCUUGAUGUGAACAGAACCUUCCGGAAUCAUAUCAUGUUCAUGGAUCGAUUUGGAGUAAAGCAGCAGUCUCUGUUCCACGUGCUCACUGCAUACUCCGUAUACAACACGGAGGUGAGCUACUGCCAGGGAAUGAGUCAGAUAGCUGCCAUUCUGCUGAUGUACAUGAAUGAGGAAGAUGCAUUUUGGGCCAUGUCACAGCUCUUGACCAAUCAGAAACACGCCAUGCACGGUUUCUUUAUCCCAGGAUUUCCCAAACUGCAGAGGUUCCAGAAUCACCAUGAUCAGAUUUUGUCCAAACUUCUUCCUAAGCUGAAGAAGCAUCUGGACAAGGAGCAGAUGUCCAGUGGCAUUUACAGUACUAAAUGGUUCCUGCAGUGUUUUAUUGACCGGACACCAUUCACCCUGACCUUACGCCUGUGGGACAUCUUUAUUCUUGAGGGUGAGAAGAUCCUCACAGCCAUGGCCUACACCAUCCUUAAACUGCACAAAAAGCGUUUGUUGAAGAUGCCUCUGGAGGAAUUGAGAGAGUUUCUACAAGAGAAGAUUGCCCAAUCCUUCGAGCUCAGCGAUGAUAUAGUCAUUGAGCAGCUUCAGGUCUCCAUGACAGAACUGCGCAAAAUGAAGCUGGACCUUCCUUCUCCAGCUAAGCCUGAUGAGUUGCCACGGAAACCACUUGGUGUGGAGCGGCCUGUCCUGCUGACCCAUAGGCGACCCCAAAACCCGACCUUGGAUCAGGAAACACCAGACAAGAGCCAGUUAGCCAAACAACCUCCAGCUCUAAUCCAAAUCUCACUCCAGGAAUCAAUUGUUCCUGAUCAGGGCUCCCCAGAAGAUAAGUGGCCCUUUCAGGACAGGGGAAUAGACAGCAUUUCUCCAUUUCCCUCCCCUGACCUUGUGCUAGUGCAUACUGAGAUAGUUUUCGGCCCAGACGGAGUGAUGGAAACCCAUGAAGAGCAGCCACCACCGUAUGAACCUCCUAAAAUUAAGAAAGCGAAUGACUCUUCACUUCCUUCCCACCUGGCUGUGAAUACGUGUGGUACUUCAACAGAAUCAGCACAUUUAUAUGCACCUCAGGACAUUUCACAAGACACUUUGCAGGCUACAUUGGAGGAUGAUUUAUUUGUAAUGCUCCCAAGCAAGUGCCAGUUAACAUUAUCUACAGCCUCAAUGAAGGAUCCCGAAUAUGAAAACCUUCCAAAAACAGAAAUGGUGGAAACAAGAGAAGAGAAAAAAUUUGUGUCAGUGAAGUCUGUGGUCUUAACUCAGAACUCUGCUUUUAUUCAACUUCCCCACACAGACUCUGAACAACAGUCAUCUUCCCGACACAGAGGGGUUUCAUUAACCACCACUGGAAGGAAACUGAUGACUGUUCACUCAGACCCACUGUUUGAGCACCAUGAUCUUCCCACUCUGCCAAAAUCAGAGACUUUUUAAGCCAGCUGUUUGUAAGGCAUUUACAAUUUUAAGAAUCAUUGCCUUUGUUCCACUUCAUUUUGCAAUAUCAUUCUUCCUAACAAACGUUUCUCAAAGGGAUGUCGCAUUUCACAAACAAAAUGAAAAAAUACACUGCUGCAUUGCAUGGGCAAAUAAUAUUUUACUGUACUGUGUCUGGGUCGAGAUGCCUCUUAAAAUCACACAAAGUUCAGUUUUUAUGCAAAAGCUAUUAAAUGGUUUACAAUGGUUUAUUAUAUCUUAACAAAAAAAAUGGUAAAUCUUUAAUAGGUUAUUCAAAUGUUGCUUAAACCAAGAAAAUGAUUUAAAUAAAGAGAGCUGGCUUACUGUUAUACAUGAGCCACAAAUAUCAUCCUUAACAUUGUAAUUUUCCUUUCAUUGUUUGUUAAUUUAUUUAUUUUUUUGCCUGCAUUACUGUAGUAUGAUGUUCUAUUGUUCUAUAAAUUAGUGAAUCAAAGAUUUUUGGCCAAAAAAAAAGAAUUUAACAGAAAAUAUGAAACCAAAAGAAACGGAAAAGUGCUUUAUUAUUAUUAUUAUUAUUAUUAUUAUUAUUAUUAUUAUUAUUAUUAGUGAUAACAACCUUUUUAUUACUUUACAAAACUGGGCUUACAAUAAAUACAAAUAAACAAAUGUUUGUUAAAAUGUGAGACAUACGAUAUAAUCUAGACCACAUUUCUUUAAAAAAAAACAUCUGUUGUGUUUUGGCUUUUAUGUUUUCAGUUACAUCUAUAACUUAAAAGGUCAGAAAAUGUAUUUUGAUAUUUUUAAUAAAUUAGCUUUUUAAUGAACGCUGUACUAGCCAUGUUAAGGGAAGAAUUAGCCAACAUUUUAUCCCAGAAGGAUUUUCUGUGUUAAUGUACUGUAAGAGUACUUGUGAACAUUUUGUAAAUGAAGGUAACAUGUUUUUUGAAGUAUUGCAUUUUAAUGCUUUUAGCCUUUAGUCUCUAUAGGCUUUUAGACAUUUGUAUAGUAUAAAUUAUAUUAAUACAGGUACUGUGUUAAUUCACAAUUGUAACCUUUUAUUUUCAAAAUUGUUUUCUUUUAUAUUUAAUAUUGGACUUGUCUUAUCAGUGUUCUUUUUUUUCUUUUUCUUUUUUGUGCAGCUAAAUGCUUUGCGGAACGCUUUAGGUCUCAGGACGAAUGUUUCACUUUUAUUACUUCGUGUGUUUUAGUAUGCAGCUACAUUCAUUUGUGGCAUAAUGCGAGUUUUUCUUGCCAAGUAUAACUUUUUGUAAGCAGCUUCAUCCUAGUAUUCUUAAAAGGCAUUUAAAAUCUGCAGGUGUGUGUGUGUGUGUGUGUGUGUGUGUGUGUGUGUGUGCAGUUCUCAAUAAGAUAGCAAUACACAGUAUAAAACUUCCUAUAAUUGAUGUAUUAUGUAAAUAAUUAUUAAGAUUGUCUUACUAAAAUGGGAGUAUAGGGAUAUAUCUCUAAGCAAGUCAUUGUUUUCAAACUGUAUAUCAGUUCAGUGGGAAGUUGUAAAUGUUAAAUUGGUUUUAUUUUUUGUUUCAAUCUAGAAAUUCUUUGAUGCUGCUUUUGCAGAUUCACACCAAUAACACAUCCUUUAAUUUCACAUGCUUUAAUAGCACAUGCUUUAAUGCCACAUGCUCUGCUGAUUCAUAUGUGUUUUUAUUUUGCUCCUCUGCUCAUCUUGAGACAUUAGUAUUAUAUUGCAUUUUUAUAAUAAUCUGUACAAUCAGUAUAAUAUUCAUAAUUACCAUAUUUCACAUUACAUGCAUUUCAGUAGAGAUUUUUCACUAUAAUAUUGUAGUAUUUGUCCACAACCUCACUGAACAUCGCUGGUGUAUUCCUGCUACACAGAUUCACUGUAUGUUCAGCUCAGUAACUCAAUAUGCACUGAAGUCCAGGUCAAAAUAUUAGCUUUUGGCAAAUGAUUGUCAGUUGUAUAACAUCUCUUUCUUUUUUUUUCUUUUCUUUUCUUUUCUUUUCUCAGAGUGCUUUUCUCAUUUUUUUUUCCUUCUCAUGCAUGUUUUGGAAAUAACUGUAUUUUACUGUACAUUCCCUUGUAAGGAGUUUUGAGAGCUCCAACCAGAAAGCUUUGGUUUUAUUUACUCUGUAUGUUGUAAUGAUAUUCAAUUUUCAAGGUGCUUUCAGUGGCAGAAAUAGACAUUUUCUUCACAUUGAUUGUGUUGAUUUUUUUCUGCAUUUUUAACAACAUUAAUCUAUUUAUUCACCU